CCGUUUUUUAUAAACUAUUUCGUGCUACCAGAUCAGAAACAUAAAUAUAAACAUAAACAUAAGCAACAUCACAACCAGGAUCAGGAUCGUAAUAGAAAUCUAGAUCCAGAUAACUAAGAUUAGUGUCAUUUAUAAUAUAAUAGCAAUCAUAUUAAUUAUAACAAUCAUUUAAUUUCAAAAUAAAUGCCAACCUUGAUCAUGUCAAAUAAACUUAUGGAUGAUCUAAGAUCAGUUUCAACUGAUUCAUUGCCAUUAAAAAGGCAUUACACAUCAUUUGAUUUUCCUUCUUCUGAUGUUUACAGUAACAAUAUUCAUAGAAGUAAUCAUAUUAAUAUUAAUAAUAUUGAUAAUAAUAAUAAUAAUAAUAAUGAGAAAAAGGAUGGUUAUUAUUGUGAUGGUCCAUUUAAUUAUUCCGAAGAAAAUAUCGAAAAAAUAAAAUCAAUUAAAUUUGAUAACACAGAUCAUUUAUUUAAGAUUUUAAAUGACAAUAUAAGUGAUAAAAAUUUAAUCAGUUAUAUAAUAAAUGAAAAAUUCAAUGCCAAACUUUCGAUCGAUUUUUUAAUUUUGACCAUUAAUAAUUUAAUUGAUUUAUAUAAUAUCAAAAAAGAUAAAGAUAAUAAUUUAAUACAAUUUAAAACUUCAAACUUUAAUUUUGACAUAUAUUCCAAGCUGCCAAAUUCGAUUGAAAACAACAAAAACGAAAAUAAGACAAAUGAUUUGAAUCUAAGCGAGCAUUAUAGUGAUAUAAAUUUUAAACUAAAAAAGCCAUUUCAUAAAAGAGAUUAUUCACUCACAAAGACAUUAUACUUACAAGAACAUAAUAACAAUAACCUUAGUAACAACAACAAAAACAAUAAUAAUAAAGGUAUAACUAACAAAAAUCCCAUCAAAAUAGUGACUGAACAAGAUCGAAAAUGUUUUCAAAUGUUCAAUCUUAAGAAACCACCAAGUAUCACAAUAAAAAGCUACUUGCUAAGAAUAAACAGGUUUUUAAAAUGCUCACCAACGAUAUACCUCUCAACCUCGUAUCUUAUAUUCAACUUGAUUUACACCCGAUUUGGGUUGAGCUUUCCAGUAACUUUAAAUAACGUCUUUAGAAUAAUCAUAACCAGCUUGAACAUCUCGUUGAACCUCAUUGAGGAUCUCAAUUUCAAGAAGAAGUUUUUCUGCCAAAUAGGAGGAAUCAGCAUCAGUGAGCUCACCAGGUUGCAGUUGAACUUCUUGUAUCUCAUGGAGUUCAACACCUGGCUCUCUCCCUCCAAGUUGAUCGACCAUCUCGUCGACGCCACACUCCUAAACAAAAAGCUCCUGGCCAUCAAGCAGCUACUUGGCUCGCACUAGUUGUGCUGCCUGUGCUGCUUUUGCUGCCUGUGCUUCUUAUCUUAUCGCCUUAUCUUAUCGUUUCAUCUCCGCUCGCGCGCGAACUCUCCCGUGCCGCCAACGCCGCUUCGACCCGCGCAACAG